AUGAGAGAUAUUGACACAUUGUUGCUGUAUCUCAUUUGUGCAGGUCCUGUUCGGACGCGCUCCUUACACGCUGUGUUUUCCGACGCGGUAGGAAGUCAGCCGCGUCACGAGGAGAAUCGGCCGCUCAACACCAGUGGUCAUGCUCCACAAAUCCCGGCCUCGCGUGGUGAUGCGACUUCCGCUCACGUCAAUGGCGUGGGAACGCCAUCUGCUCACCAUUCUCUGCGUUCCGGAAGUCAGGGCCGGUCGGGUGGGCGGCGAGCAGGUCAGGCGGCCCGCCAGAGUUCCGCCAAUGCCGCAGGGCGCACGUCUGCUGCUGCUGGCGCAGGCCAGCAGUUCCGCCACGCUGCAGGGAGCAACACCGCCGCUGAUGCAUCUGGCGGGCUGCUUGGCGAGACCGCUGGGCGCACGUCUGCUGCUGCUGGCGCAGGCCAGCAGUUCCGCCACGCUGCAGGGAGCAACACCGCCGCUGAUGCAUCUGGCGGGCUGCUUGGCGAGACCGCUGGGCUGACGUCUGCUGCUGCUGGCGCAGGCCAGCAGUUCCGCCACGCUGCAGGGAGCAACACCGCCGCUGCUGCAUCUGGCGGGCUGCUUGGCGAGACCGCUGGGCUGACGUCUGCUGCUGCUGGCGCAGGCCAGCAGUUCCGCCACGCUGCAGGGACGACCUCGGCCUACACUGCACCGGGCGGUCAGCUGCGCCAGGCCGCUGGGAGCAGCUCUCCUGACCCUCCAUCUGGCGGUUUGUUCCGCCAGCCUGCGGGUCUGACCUCCGGCGAUCCUGCACCUGGUGGUUCGUUGGGGCAAACCGCAUUGAACAGCUCUCCUGAUCCUGCACCAGGCGGUCCGUUUAGCCAGGCCGCUGGGAGGAGCUCUCCUGACCCUGCAUCAGGUUGUCGGUCGGGGCACGAGGAUGGGAGGAGAUCCGCUGACCCUUCAGCUGGCGGCCAACUGGGACAAGUGGCUGGGUGGAGCUCUGCCAACACUCCUACUGGCGCUCAUUUGCUGUUCCUGCCGUCAUGCGAACCGGUUCCGGACGCCCCUUUCUGCCCGUCUGCUGGCAUGACCUCUGCCGACCCUGCUGUUGAUGGCGUGUUAGGCCAGGCUGCUUGGAGGACCGACGCCAAUCCUGCUGCUGGCGUGCUGCUAAGGCCAACCGCGAGGCGCAUCCCCGACGACACCAACACUAACGGCGUGUUCUCCCCGCCUGGAGGCGCCGAGCUUGGCGGCCACUUUGGCGAGGCCAAUGGGAGGACCUGGACCAACUCUGGAGCAGACGAGCCGCUCAUCCCGAACGCUGGUGGAACCGAGGCCGGUGAUGCUGUGGGCGGUCAGACAGGAGAUGCGUAUGGGCGGGCCACUACACACGCUGCUGAUCAUGAACUGCACGGGCAUGUGGCAGAACCGACCUCUGAUGUUGAAGAGGCGCGUGCCGCACAUCGUGCUCUCCAGCGUGAGAACCAGCGGCUGUUGAAUGAGCUUGAAGAGCUUAGGCGUUCGCUUUCUCGGUCAACGUCACCUGCUGAGACCUCUGGUGGUGCGGGCGAGCAGCAGGAACCGUCUCCAAACUCUGGGAAUGUCGCAGCUAAUGUGCAGCCAGGAAGGCAUCCCAUCGUACCGAUCAACGAUCGGCUGCUUGGGAGGGCCGUUGGGAACGCUCACGCCCGGGGAACCGAGCAUGGCCUGCAACACUUGACCCCGGAGCAGGAGGUCCUCGCAUUCGACCUUGCUGCAGCGAUGAGGCGAGUCCCCGAGGUGGCAAUGUUGGAUGCACUCACCGUUCUUUUCUGGGAUAUGCCGGAUGGUAGGAUGGACUUCUGGCCAUCUCGGAAGGUGCUGCUGGGAGCGCUUGCUACUGCUUUGAAGUACAAGACGGUUGGUCAGCGGACCGACCUGCUUCAUGUGUAUCUUUUUGACCCAGUUCGACGUGGCUAUAUCCGCAACAAGCUGCAGGAUGGACGGCAUGUCAUUCUGCAUACCGGUCGAUGCGGUAUUUACAGAGCGUUUGACUUGUACAUUCAACGCCCCGACCAAAACCGCAAGCUCAUGGGUUCCACCUUGAUCGAGGCGUGGAAAGUGCAAUACAAGCCAGUCGAUGGGUCUUACGAUCUGUACACGUGGCAUUGCAACCAGAACGGGGUCCCUUUCUCCAACGCUGUCUUCACGCGCUUGAUUGCGGCGUCUUUCCGCCGCGAUGGGGAGGAUGUCCUUGUGCUGAAGCUCAAACAGAUUGCUUUUUGGCUGUAUGGGGUGAGUGAGUGUAACGUCCUUUUCUGA